AUCCCUUCGUGAUGCGCGCUGGUCCUUUAAGAGCAUCCUCUGGCGCGUUACCUUCAAGGCACGCGAACUCUAACGGCUUGGGAAAAACGUCAUAGUGUUUCAAACAUAUAUAGUGAAGCUGUUUUAACACCACACCAACCGCCUGUGGUCUUCCGCCUUUCAUUUCCUGGAUGUGGAUGCGUUUCUCUAGACCGUCGUCGUAGCAGUAGCUGUUGUGGACUGUAGCGGAGCGUCUGAUACCAACACGGCCUAGAAGACAAGAUGGCAGAGCUGAACCUGGGGAAGGGGGUGACUGCGGGAAAACUCGCCAGUAACGUGCAGAAAAAAUUAACGCGGGCACAGGAAAAGGUGUUGCAGAAACUGGGAAAAGCAGACGAGACCAAGGAUAUAGCCUUCGAGGAAGGAGUCAUCAACUUCAACAAGCAAUAUACGGAGGGCAGCAAGUUGCAGAGAGACCUGAGAGUUUACCUGGAGGCAGUGAAAGCCAUGCACGAGUCGUCCAAGAACCUGCAGUCCUGUUUAGGGGACAUGUAUGAGCCAGAGUGGUAUGGCAAGGACGAGGUGGACUCCAUCCUAGAGGAUACAGAUGUGUUAUGGGAGGACUACCAUCAGAAGCUAGUCGAUCAUGCUCUGAUCUCCAUGGAUACCUACCUGGGACAGUUCCCCGAUAUCAAGUCUCGUAUCGCCAAGCGCGACAGGAAGUUGGUGGACUAUGACAGUGCCAGACAUAACUACUCAGCCACUCACAAGGGCAAGAAGAAGGAUGCAGGGGGUGGUGUCAAGAUGCCCAAGCCUGCUUCCCUGCUGGAGAGGGCUACCCCAGGCUGGGCUCAGGGGAUCCUGUCAGCUCACAACGUGGCUCAGAGUAACCUCUCUAGAAACCAGGCAGAGGAUGAGCUGGAUCGUGCUCAGAAGGUGUUUGAAGAGAUCAACGUGGAUCUGCAGGAGGAGCUGCCAUCUCUGUGGAACAGCCGUGUGGGGUUCUAUGUCAGCACGUUCCAGAGCAUGGCUGGCUUCGAGGAGAAGUUCCACAAGGAGAUUGGCAGGUUGGACCAGGACCUGAAUGAUGUUCUUGUGAAACUGGAGAGUGGAGAACAGCCCACAAGAAAGACAGGUAAACGCGGUGGGAAGGCGGCCGCCAAAACUCCGAAGAGUGAUGCAACCAAUCACACUCUGAGUCCAGGAGGACCCCCGGCUAUCCCCAAGUCUCCAUCCAAGUUGCGACCUGCUAUGCCCCCUCCUCCGAAGGUCACCCCCUGCAAGGAUCUGAAGCCGGAGAACAUUAUCAACCUCUUCGAUGCCGCGGCAGCGCCAGACAUCAGCAUCACAUCCCCGACUCAGUUUGACAGCCCUGCAGGAGGUACCCUGCUUGACCUGGUUUCCGUGCCUACGGCCAGCCCAGCCGCUGCUCAGCCUGCCUCCUGGGAUAGCUGGCCAGAGGACAGCCCAGCAGCAGAAGAGCCCCCAGAGCAGGGCUGGCACGAUGACAGCCCCCAGCCUGUUGUUGUGGACCCCGUGGCCCUGGCCCAGGAGGGCUGGGGGGACGAUGGCAGCCUGCCCGUCAAGGUCCCCACCUGGGACGAUGAGGGGGGCUCUGCUGACCCAGCCCCAGACCCUGCCCCAGUCCCAGACCAGGCUGGCUGGGAGGAGGAGGAAGAGGCCCAGACUGACAGCAGCACACCAGUAGUGGACGGAGCAAAAGCAGUGGAUACUCCUGCGGUGGUGGCAGAAUCAACCAAUGGGGCAGCAGAGGGUAUAGAGAUGCCUCCUGGCUUCCUGUUCAAGGUGCAAGCCAUGCAUGACUAUGCAGCCAACGACUCAGAUGAACUGGAGAUGAAGGCAGGACAAGUGGUGCUGGUGGUGACCUUCGAAAGCCCAGAGGAACAGGAUGACGGCUGGCUGAUGGGGAUGAGGGAGGAGGAGUGGAUCCAGAACCAGGAUCUGGCUCCCAAGGGAGUGUUCCCCGAGAACUUCACCCAGCGUCUCUGAGAGAGAAGACACACACCCCUCCCUCCAUCCUCUCCUCUCUCUCCUCCCCCCAUCUCUCCUCCCCCCAUCUCUCCUCCCCCCUCCCCCCCACCUCUCCUCCUUCCCUCCCUCCCUCCCCCCCCCCUCCCCCCCCCUCCCCCCCAGGAUGCCGGACAGGACAUGAGGGACUGGAUGUUGAUAAGCGUACCCAUGAUGACCAGCACGUAUUGCCACACCGGCUGUUUGAGUGGAACAUGUUAGUCAACAGCUGAUCAGACUGCUUUAAGUACAAACCAUCGCCAUUGUCAUAAUCACCAUCACGGGCGAGAGGAUAGCACACUGACAAGACUGUAGCUUGUCAGUGUGGAGAAUCGAUAAAGCUCUGUUCCUUUUGAAUUCGGAUGCCAAUCCGGCAGGGAGGGAAUGGGAGGACUGGCCCCUGUUUAGACCCUGUAGUUUGUGUGUUAGCAGAGCUAGCCCCGUAGCGUGAGGCUUGCCAGGUUGUUUGGCCUGCAUUCAGAACCUUCCCUCCAACACAGUCGUAGUUAUCAGUGGUGAUAGGUCCUUGUUGGCCGUCACAGCCCCACCCUACCCCAACCCAGCCCGUUCUGUCCCACACUCCACGCCCCCACACCCAACCCCCCCCAGCCCCACACUGACCCCUCAGGACUCCUGUACUCUGCCACACACCCCUCCCCAGUGUGCUGGAUCUCUGCCAGGGAGCUCUAUUAGUCUUUGUGUUUUGGUUUCUGAAGGUGUAUAGGACAGUAUAUUGAUCAUGUUGACCCAAAUGUAUUUCCAGGGACGUAUAGUUAACCUACCGAAGAUGUUGUGCAGAGUAUGAAACGUCAUGACAAGACGUGUGACAAGAAACUCAGUUGCCAUUGAUUGCUGGUGUUAAUGUGUACACGGAAUGAGAGGAUUCAUCAGAGGAACUGGUUUUAUUUUUGUAUGCUGCUGUUGAUGUGGAACACAGAUGCCAGGGAGAAUUGUCAACUCCUGUAGGACAGUGUGUAGUACCUGCUGCUGCCACACAUAGACACGCCAUUCAAUCAAUAGAAGUCAGGAUUUGUGUGUGUGUGUGUGUGUCUCACGAGGGGAGUGGUGAGUGCUUUUCCCUCCUUUAUGGAGUACUUUCAUUGGAUGAUCUCUUCAAUCCAGAUUGGCCACGGUCGUUUAGCAGCAGGCUUCAGGGCAAGAGGGAGAAUCUUUUCUCUCCCAAGUUAGACUCCUAAGUUUCUGUUUGCUGGUGGUAUGUUUUCAGGUGAUGUAGUGUAUAUGUCGUUGUGUAUAUGUGUAACUGACCAAGCUGUGAAGACCAAUCUACUAUAUUCUAUGAAAAACAGUCCUAUCUGUGUACGUGAGCAUGCCAAACCCAGUGUGUUGUAUUUAAAAUACUCUUCAUCAGUUGACUUCCUGUCCCCCGAUGGACCAAUUGGAAUAAAGAUGACGUAGAAGCUA